AUGAGUAUGGACAAAGCAGAGCUGUGUGACUCUCUGCUAACUUGGUUACAGACAUUUCAGGUGCCAUCCUGUAACAGUAAGUAUGACCUGACCAGUGGAGUGGCCAUUGCACAUGUGCUGCACAGAAUUGACCCCUCUUGGUUUAAUGAGACCUGGCUGGGCAGGAUCAAGGAGGAGAACGGGGCUAACUGGCGCCUGAAGGUCAGCAAUUUGAAAAAGAUUUUGAAGAGUAUGCUGGAAUAUUUUCAGGAUAUAUUGGGGCACCAGAUCUCAGACGAGCACCUCCCGGAUGUGAUCCUCAUUGGGGAAAUGGGCGACGUGACAGAACUGGGAAAGCUAGUGCAGCUGGUUCUGGGCUGUGCGGUCAGCUGUGAGAAGAAGGAGGAGCAAAUCCAGCAGAUAAUGACACUAGAGGAGUCUGUGCAGCAUGUUGUGAUGACUGCCAUUCAGGAGCUGUUAUCAAAAGAGUCUUCAUCUGAACCAGGAAGCCCCGAAACAUUUGGAGACUUUGACUACCAGUCCAGGAAGUAUUAUUUUCUGAGCGAGGAGGCAGGUGAAAAGGAAGACCUGACCCAGCGUUGUAGAGAUCUCCAGCAUCAGUUGUCCAUGGUUUUGGAGGAGAAGUCAUUGCUUCAGGCCGAGACCCGGUUCCUCAAAGAAAAACUGAGCCGCUCGGACUCCCUGGACUCUGCCACAACAGUCAUCACAGGCAAGAAACUCCUGCUGCUCCAGAGCCAGAUGGAGCAGCUGCAAGAAGAGAAUUACAGAUUAGACAACAGCAGAGACGACUUGCGGGUGCGGAAUGACAUUCUGGAGAGGGAGGUCCUGGAUCUGCACCAGAGGAACGAGGAGCUGACCAGUCUGGCUGAAGAAGCACAGUCCCUCAAAGACGAGAUGGACAUCCUCAGGCACUCGUCGAGCCGGGUGAGCCAGCUGGAGGCUCUGGUGGAGACGUACAAGAGGAAGCUGGAGGACUUGGGCGACCUGCGGCGACAGGUGCGUCUCCUGGAGGAGCGCAACACUGUUUAUAUGCAGCGCACCUGUGAGCUGGAGGAGGAGCUGAGGAGGGCCAACGCUGUGCGCAGCCAGCUCGACACGUACAAGAGACAGGCUCACGAGCUUCACACCAGGCACUCUGCAGAGGCCAUGAAAGCUGAGAAGUGGCAGUUUGAAUACAAGAAUCUUCAUGACAAAUACGACUCGCUGCUCAAGGAGAAGGAGCGUCUUCUCUCGGAGCGUGAUACGUUGCGGGAGACGAACGAUGAGCUCAGGUGUGCCCAGGUCCAACAGCAGUGCCUCAAUGAAGUGGGAUCCCUCGGUGACAGCGAAGGAGCCGGCAGUCUGGCCUCAGAGAUCAUGCCUAUGGAGCUCAAAGAGACCGUGGUUCGUCUGCAAAGUGAAAACAAACUUCUAUGUGCCCAAGAGGAGACUUACAGACUGAGAGUGGUAGAUGUUCAGGCUGAGCUGGAGGAGUCCCAGCGCACAAACAACGCCCUGGAGACUCAGAACAGGUUGAAUGAGCAGCAAAUCACAGAACUUCGCACUCAAAUCGAGGAGUUGCAGAAGGCGCUCCAGGAGCAGGACAGCAAGAACGAGGAUUCCUCACUUUUGAAGAAAAAGCUUGAGGAACAUUUAGUGAAGCUUCAUGAGGCCCACUCAGAUCUGCAGAAGAAGAGAGAGGACCUUGAUGACUUGGAGCCAAAAGUCGACAGCAGCAUGGCAAAAAAAAUAGAUGAACUUCAAACAGUUUUGCGCAAAAAAGAUGAGGACAUGAAGCAGAUGGAAGAGCGCUACAAAAAGUACAUGGAGAAGGCGAGAACGGUGAUCAAAACCCUGGACCCAAAGAAGCAGCCUGUUGGUCCGGACGUCCAAGCUCUGAAGAACCAACUGUCUGAACGAGAGCGGAAGAUCCAGCACCUUGAGCACGAUUAUGAGAAGAGCAGAGCCAAAUACGACCACGAAGAGAAGCUGAUCAUCUCUGCCUGGUACAACAUGGGCAUGGCGUUGCACCAGAGUGUGGCUGGAGAGCGCCUCACAUCAUCGCAUCAGAGUAUGUCGUUCUUGGCUCAACAGAGGCAGUUCACAAAUGCCAGGAGAGGCCUAAUCCGGCAUCAGCCCAGAUAA